AUGCUCCGUCGCCUAGUCUCGUCCAAAAGCGAUCACCCCGAGUCCGAUCAAACCGACGAGCACAUGUCACCUUCGCCAGGAGAUGCGCCCUCUUCGCCAGACUCGAGUCGCCCGAGCGGCCUGGCGAGCGUUUUCAAGGGUCUGGCCGGCACCAAAUUGACCAAAUCCCCUCCGCCGAGCCUCAAGUCCGCUUCCUCAAUCCUAUCUCCCAUUGCCGACCACGUCAACGCCACUCGAACAACCCUCGCCGGAUGGUCGCCGAACCAUAUGGAGUCCUUGCAGGUGCUGAGAAACGGCAACGGCCCUGUCGGAGAACGUGUUGCUGCUGCCAACUCGCUCAGAUUUGCCGUUGCGGAACACCCCAUGAACCCAGUGCUAGACAUAUGGGAUGUUGCAAAGACAAUGAUUACGUCCAAUAAAUCGGAUGCGGAGCGAAUUGCUGGCUGGGAACUGUUGUCAGAAUGCGUCAAGCACAAGGCCUCUACCGAUCUGGAGCGUCAAAGUUUCUUUGAAACUCUCAAGGCCCCUGCUCACGCCAACGACUUUCAUCUGCAACUCGCUGCCGUUGAAGACCUCACUGCCCAUGGCCGCGACUUAUCUGGGUUCGACUACCAAGUAAUCCCGCAACUUGAAGUAUGGCUUCGCGAAGCCUACCAAGCAGUCAAAGCGGCAAGGAAGCAAGCUAGCCGUGAUGCCAAGAAGAACGCUGGCAAGGCAAGGUUCUCUGCCGCUGGAGAAGAGAAAAACCUGCAUCAGCUCUUCAAAUUCAUCGGCGACAUCAUAAAGUUCAGCUCCAACGUGGCCAACGAAAAGUCCAUGACCGAUCUCAUGAAAGUCCUUGUUGCCGUUUGCCUCACCACGACCAUCGAAGAGGAUCUGAAAGCAUCCAUCAACGUCAUUGACACCAUUGUCACUUUCGGUGCCUUGCCCACUGCAAGCUUCAAGGAGUGCGUCCUGGUUCUGGGUUCCAUUUUCUGCCUCGUGCCGAGCCUGUCUAAGGUCGCUUGGCACACAAUAUCCAUUCUCCUGAAAUCGCACAACGGCCCAGCAGCAGUAAGGGUGCUUGUAGACCUAUUGCGGAAUCUUCCAGCGGAUGGAACCAGCAAAGGGAAAGACACUAGAGAUAUUCGUGGGGUGUUGGCUGUUCUGGAAAAGCUGUUGACGAAAAGCACGGAGAAGGGAUAUCCGCCCGUGCCUUUUGCACUUCUCCUCGAUGGAUUAGUCGCAGCUGUCCACAGCACCGACUCCGGCCGAGUUCACUGUGCUGUCCUCAAGCUGAUCAAUUCUCUUUUCCGGGAUGGCGCCGGCAACAUUCACCAUUUGAUCAUUGAGGAGGACUGGUCGACACUUUUAAACAUUGCUGCGGAAUGCUCCAAAAAGGCACCAUCGGGCAUUCUCGUCAAUAGCGAGAUGGUUGCCCUCGCAAAUGAGCCUGACCGUCCAGAUGGCGCAAUAGGAAUCGAGUUGCUGAAGCUCAUUGCGCGACUGGAGGAGUUGGCUGCGCAAAAGUCGGGUGAUUUUGUUCCGCGACAGAUCAUCAUAAGAUUCUUCAUCGAUAUCCACACUAGACUUCCAGACUCGGCAGCGCGCUGCGUUCUCACCUACUUCCAGGAGUUUAGGUGCUGCUCGCCUUCGGACCUACAAUGGGAAGAGAAUCUGGCUUUGGUCCUGAAAGAGUUCUACGCAAACCGGAGUCGCAGCUCCGAGACCCGCCUGCUAUCUCUCCAGGCCGUAACGGAGUCCUACGACAUGCUGGAUCUUAUUGGCGAGGGGCUCGGCGACGAUGACUGCGUUCCGAAUCUGAUCAAGGACCUUCUCAACAAUAUUGCCGACGAAACGAACCUCCUGGUGCUCGAGUCUGUAGUGGCCUUCAUGGUUUCUGUCGCCGUUUCCUCGGAUUUGGAGCUCUUCAACUACAUUACGGACACACUGAGAACAAUUGUUGUCAAUGAUCGUCUCUUAUCGCCCAUCGCCUCGUCUGCGUCUCGCCCAACGACUCCUGUCAGUGGCGAAACAGUGACUCCUCCCAAGAGUUACACGUCUUCCGGGGUUGUGACAAGAGGAUACGUCAAGUUAUUCAUGCGUUGUAUGAAUUUGGACGGGCCCAAGACCCUCAAACUCUUUGAUACACUGGUCAAUAUCGCGAAAACGAGCCACUGCAAAACUGAUGCUCGGCUAACCGCCAUGAAGCUUCUCUUCCGACUUCGAGCGGAUUGGGCAAAUCGAGUUUUCCUGAUAGGCGACACAGAAUCCGACGGCCUCGCGGCAGCAUUGCUCCACACAGCUUCAUCUCGGGCGAAGAAGCAUUCUGAAGAUGCAUCUCAACCUGCAAGACCCAGUAGGGCCGACAUGGGCGCUGUCACCCGAUCUACGAGAGGAAUAUCCUUCAGUAGCUCAGGAACUCAAGAGAGAGUAUUUCCGAUUCGGUCCGCCAGCGGGGCAAAAUCAUCCUAUCCGUACAAACAGCUUUGGGCGCUGCCUGACCCUGAGGCAUUGCCUGAGUCCCCAUCGGCGAUUGCAAGCCCUAUUUUGGUAUCAUUCGUCGAGGACAUAGAGCCAGAGGCCACCGAAGAAAGCGAGCCAUCGACCGUGGAGACGAAGCAAAUCGCAUUGAAUAUGGACUCUUGGCUUGACACGAUUGUACGCAUCAUUGAAAGUGGCAGUGAAUGGGAGAUCUACAGCAUGAUAUUGGUUCAUCUACCCUCGCAGUUGACCAACCACGCCAUUUUCCGCAGUGCGGUGCCGCAGAUUCAAGAGCUUCGGCGAGUAACAUGCGAGCAAAUCAGGACGAACAACUUUCAAGAGCCGCCAAACUCUACAAGCCUGCGACGCGCUGAUGUCGCUAUCUGUCUGUUUCAUACCUUGACAAUGAUUCUCAGCUACCACGAGUACUUCCAAAAGGACCAAGAGGAUGAGAUUGUGCAGGCAUUCGUCAAGGGUAUAUCGACCUGGGAGCGAUGCGCAAAGUAUUGCAUCCACGCGCUGUCAAUUUGUUGCCACGAGCUGCCUCUGUCCACCAGCAAGACAGAAGACGAGUACCGCAUUGUGUUUGGAAUUUGCGUUCGCUAUCUCCAGUACGUGCGCGACAAGAAGCAAACGCAACGAGGCAGCCUACACAGCGAAACAGCAACACCAACGGGGUCUACCUCGGACCUUUUGCAUCCGAAUGCUGCAGAUGAUCUGCCUCAGUACGUGUAUGCUUUGGCGUACCACGUCAUCACGUUCUGGUUCUUGGCAUUGAAGCUUCCAGAUCGUGCCAACCAUGUCGGCUGGAUUGCCAAGAACCUGCUCAGCGACGUUGACGGUGGGCAGAAUCCUGAAGAGCAAGCCCUCGUCACACUUGAUUUCAUGCAAAGGGUCGCCUACGCAGACGCCGACGAGUCCUCUGAGGACCUUCUCUUUACUAAGGAGCGGUUCGGGGAGAUUUUGAAGCGAAGGUGGUUAAUGGGCAACAGCAUUGUGACGAUUGAGCAAUCGACGACGACUGGGUGGUCACAAAUUACGAAGCGACAACCAUCGGGCACGUCCUCCUACAUUGUGCACGAGAACUUCCGACCACGCCCAGCCCACCAAGCCCAGUACAUCUCCGAUGUCUCGAGGGACGGCCAAGUGACCAACAACAAUAUCCUUCCCAGCCACUUGAUGGUGCAGUUGAUGACUUCAACGCCCCAAGCGCAGGAUACUGCCCGGCCUAUUCCUCUCCCUAACGACGAGCCGACCCAAAGAACGGUUCGUCUUUUUGACCGCAACUCAACCGUAGACGGACACAAGGUUGGAGUGGUGUACAUUGGUGAAGGCCAAACAGAAGAGACGGAGAUUUUGGCCAACGUCUCGGGUAGCAGCGACUAUGUGGCUUUUCUCAACGGUUUAGGCGCUCUGACGAGGCUGAAAGGGUCCAAGUUCAAUACCCAAGGGCUCGACAGAGAGUACGACACUGAUGGCGAAUACACUUUUUGCUGGCGUGACAAGGUAACCGAAAUGGUGUUCCAUGUCAUUACGCAAAUGCCCACCAACCUCGAGCGGGACCCUCAAGUCAUUAUGAAAAAGCGGCACAUUGGCAACGACUUUGUCAACAUCAUUUUUAACGACUCUGGCAUGCCCUUCAGAUUUGACACGUUCCCGAGUGAGUUCAACUACGUCAACAUCGUCAUCACUCCAGAGGCAAGGGCAUCAUUCCUCACCAUCAGAGAAAACCCACCAAGCGAAGGAAAACAUCCGCCAUUUUACAAAGUACAAGUGAUGAGCAAACCCGGCUUUCCCGAAAUCUCGCCGGCCUCUGAGACAAAGAUGGUCAGCCUGAAGGCUCUGCCAGGAUUCAUCCGGCUUCUGGCCCUCAACGCCUCCGUCUUUUGUCUGGUAUGGGCAAACCGCGAGGGUGGCGAGCAUGUCAGUUCUUGGCGCAACAGGCUUAGAGAGAUCAAGAAGUUACGAGACAAACACGGCCCCAAGAAUAACACUGCCGGCGUCCACCAAUCGUCGCAUCCUCAUUUGAGCCACUUGAAUAGUACCUCGACACCUUCGCCGCCGCCUUCGUCAUUGGGCGGCGCAGUCCUGGGUAACAAUCACCUCAUAGCACAAGGCGCAGAUGCGUCCAAGUCUGCGGCCAAUGUGCGCGACAGCUUCAGCAGUCUACGCCGGUCCUCGGUCGCAACCUUUUUCACGAGCACCAGCGAGCAGACCAGCCACCGGAGCUCUAUGCUCUCUACCACUACCAACGAUACGGAAGUUUCACCAGCAAACGGACUCGACGUCCUGGUUGAAUCCGUCGACUUUUCCAAGUGGGCAUAA